UGUUGUUGUAACUUACCGGUAUUAUUAACUCAAAUUUAAUAUAAUAAUUUGAUUUUAGAUUAGUUUUAUUAAUUUUUAUUUAUAAUGAUAUGUUGUGUAAUACAAGUUAACAUUUGACGAUUACUGAAUUGCAAAAAAAAGUCAAUUACAUUAAUCUUGGCUGUUUGUUUCCAUAUGUUAUAUUAGACUUUCAAAAAUGUCUGAAAAAAGAGAACACGAAGACGAUGAAAAUAGUGAUAAUUCAUCAGAAGACGAAUGCGUUGGACCAAGUUUAUCUGAAGCUGCAGAAGUUGUUGAAAAGAAAAAGAAGAAAAUUUUGAAGUACGAAGAUUUAUACUUAAAAAACUUGCCCUCGUCAGAUACAUACGAAAAAAGUUAUAUGCAUCGAGAUGUCAUAACACACAUAAUAUUCACAAAAACUGAUUUUUUGAUAACGGCUAGUUGUGAUGGUCAUGUCAAAUUUUGGAAAAAGUCUGAAGAACUGAUAGAAUUUGUAAAACAUUUCCGUAGCCAUCUUACACCCAUUAUAGAUUUAACGGAUAACUACAACGGCACUCUCAUGUGCACCAUAUCUUCCGAUCAGUCAAUAAAAGUGUUUGACGUAAUUAAUUUUGACAUGAUCAACAUUAUCAAAUUGGAUUAUGUGCCGUUAAGUGCGUGUUGGGUACAUGCAAAGGGAGAUCCAAUUCACACUGUCGCAGUUAGCAGUUCAACCGAACCAAAAAUAUUUAUAUAUGACGGCAAAGGUGAAAACGUUCCACUCAAAAUACUAGAAAAGAUUCAUUCCAAACCAGUCAGCUUUAUAAAGUUUAAUCCAACGUUCUGUGUGGCUGUAUCGGCCGACAAAAGUGGUAUACUCGAGUACUGGUCAGGACCUAAAACGGAUUACCAAUUCCCAAAAUGUGCAAAGUUUGAAUCCAAGCUUGACACUGAUCUAUUUGAAUUUGUAAGGCAUAAAACGUAUCCGUCGAACUUGUGUUUUUCCAAUGACGGGUUAAAAUUUGCGACCAUGUCACCGGACCGAAAGGUUCGAGUGUUUCAUUUUUUGACUGGAAAACUUCAUAGAGUUUACGACGAGACUUUAAACAGGUUCAACGAACUUCAGCAAAAAAAACAACAGAUUCCCAACAUUGAAUUUAUUCGAAGAAUGGCAAUCGAACGAGAAUUGGAUAAAACUGAAAUUUCGCAUAGGGCCAAUUUGUGUUUUGAUGAAAGCGGACAUUAUCUUUUUUAUCCGACCAUGUUGGGCGUUAAAGUGGUGAACACAUUCAACAAUACUUUGGUGAAAAUUAUCGGCAAGCCAGAGAACCUGCGAGUGUUGAAAAUCACCUUGUUUCAAGGCAAAGCUAAGAAAGCUAAAGCUGCUGUUACGUUGGAAAUGGAAGCGGCCACCAAUCCUACGUUAGAAGGGACGUCGUCAGAUCCUACACUGUUUUGUACGGCAUACAAAAAGAAUAGGUUCUAUAUGUUCACCAAACGUGAACCGGAAGACAUAAAAAGUAUUGAUGCUGAUCGCGAUGUAUUCAAUGAGAGACCUUCAAAAGAAGACAUUAUAUCUUCUACUGAAGCUGCAUCAAUCCAACGGCUGUACGACACGGCGACCCUUCACACUGUGUACGGAGAUAUUCAAGUGGCGCUGUUCAAAGAAUGUCAAAAAACCGUAGAAAAUUUCUGCGUACACAGCAAGAAUGGCUACUACAACGGAAAUAUUUUUCAUAGGGUCAUUAAAGGAUUUAUGAUACAAACUGGAGAUCCUACUGGCACUGGCUUGGGCGGAGAGAGUAUUUGGGGAGGCGAAUUCGAAGACGAAAUCCGGCCACAUUUGAAACACGACAGACCAUACACCCUGAGCAUGGCCAAUGCAGGACCCGGUACAAACGGCAGCCAGUUCUUCAUCACGCUGAUACCAACUCCUUGGUUGGACAAUAAACACACAGUUUUCGGACGAGUUACUAAAGGAAUGGAAGUGGUCCAAACAAUUUGCAGUGCGAAAACGCAUCCAAAAACUGAUAAGCCACACGACGAUAUACAAAUAAUCAACAUCAGUUUGAAAUGAUCAAACCAAUAUUGUGACAUGAUUUUUUUUUUUUUAUACAUCAUAACUAAUAUAAUACAUUUUUUUCAAAUACAACAAUGUUUUAUU